UAUCACUUAUGCAACUCCGAAAAAACAAUUUUUUAGAAUGAGCGCUUAGUUAUAGACGUAUAUUUAAAUGUAAAAAUGACCGUGUUCUCCAAAACUGCAAGCUUCAAUGAUAUGGUUCCUCUUUUACCGGCACUGGAUCUACCUGUUACACUCAAAAUGUUAUUCUCCCACAGAAACUUUGUUCACGCUCUUGCCGGCGCAGUGGGAAGUGUGACAGCUAUGACAGUGUUCUUUCCAUUAGAUACUGCAAGAACUAGACUCCAAGUUGAUGAUAAAAGAAAAGCUAAAAACACAGGACAUAUUUUGAUGGACAUAAUUCAAGAGGAAGGAGUGUACUCUUUGUACCGUGGUCUCCUUCCAGUCCUGUCCAGCCUUUACUGCUCCAAUUUUCUUUACUUUUACACCUUCAAUGGUCUUAAGGCAGUAUUUGUGGGGAGAGGAGAAGCUUCUACAUCACUGCAAGAUCUUUUAUUUGGAUAUUUAGCAGGUAAUGCCAUUUCAGCAGUUAUUCUUUUCUGGUGAAAGAUGUGUCUGGAGUAAUACAAUGGUUGGCACAGAUCACAACA